CCAUGGGCCCACCUCGUGGAGGCGGCGGCAAGGGCUUCGGCGACCACAGAGGCUUCGGAGGAGAUCGUGGUGACCGUCGUGAUCUGCCUCGUGGUUGGGACGACCGCCGUCCUGCUGGCCGUGACGGUCGAGAUGAUCGUGACGAUCGCCGUGACCGCCACAGGGAUCGCCGCCUUCGUCCUGGCCAAGUCCCGUGCCAUCGCGCGCAGCAGGCGCUUCCUGGCGAAGGAGGACCCCGAGUUCGCCAACUACCUCGUGGAGCGGCGCCAGGCCCAGGGUCGGGUCCUUGCGGAGGCCAUGAAGUCCACCUUCGACGAGCACAUGGCCAAGGUGUGCGGCCACGGGUUCCCGCCGACCGCGAUCCCGACGCCUCCCUCGGCGGGCUCGCCAGCGGCAAGCAGUCCUGGUCCAGCUCCGUUCCCGCCUCCUGUUCCAGGUGGGCCAGCUGCUGGGGCCCCUGCGGACGGCCUCUCACCGGUGGGCAAGGCUUGGCUCCAGAGCAUCGUGGGCAGCGAGAAGGUCCCAGCCACCUACACGCGCGAGACGCUCACGACCUUCCUCGUGGACUGCAUCUCGAAGGACAGCGACACCAAGGAGAGGGUCAAGAACUUGCUGGUCGCCAUCGACGCGGGCCAGACCCUCCCGAAGACCCACAAGCUGUGGGCGGCCCGCACGGUGGAGCUCCUGUACGGCCCGAUGUUCAUGCUCCUGGUCUGUAUCAUGAUACUCAGUUUCGCGGUGUACGAGUCUUUCCUACCUCCGACAGUGGUGUACCUGAAUGAUGAUUGGGAUGAUCCUUACACCACCAGCACUCUAUCCUCGACGAGCGCAUCGUCAUCUGUGUUCUCUCUCCCGAGCUCAUGGUUGGCCUCCGACACCUUCAGCGGCUUCCUGGAAGUCAUCGACGCCUGGUGGACCAUCAAUAUCAAGCGCCGCUCCGAGGCCAAGGCUACUCAGCUCAUGUUCGAUCUGUUGGGCAUGGAUACGUCCAUCCAUGACAGCAGGAAUGAUGAGGCCAUCUCGAGCUGGGUGCGACGGUCCGCGGUGUGGACUGCCGAGCGUCUCUUUCGAUGAGCACGGCGAGGUGCGAGCUGGAUGGAGGCUUCCC